UAGUAUAGAUGGUGUGCAGUGCAGAGACCACUAAAUCCCAAGAUCCACAAGUGACAAACUAAGUCAUUUCUCUCUUUCUUAUCUCUACCAUAAGUUUAAACUCUCUCUUAUCUCUAACUCUAUAUUCCAUAUAAAUGCAAUAAACGUGAGUAGCAGACUAACAGUCAUUAAGUUUGAUUAGCUCAGAUUCAGCUCAUGUAACGUCCUAAAUUAGGUCAGAUUCAGUGAUCAGUGAUAAGUACUCCAAGAGAGAAUUAUUAAGAUGUUGUUGUUGUCGUCUACAGUUUCUUUCAUGCUAUUUUUUCUUCUCCUUGUGUUAUCGAUUCAUAUGAAUGAAGCUCUUGGUGCUCAAAUUGAAAUCCGCAAACUCGGCUAUAAAUUACAGCGUUCAAGUAAUGCAGAAGAGACGAUGGUGAUGAGGUGGAACUUGGAAGGCAAUGGCUUCGUAACUUCCAAAAUAGAUGCUCCACCAAGCGCAUCGAGACAUUGCGGGGGAGGUAAACGUUUUGAGAACAUGGCGACCAUUGAUCGUCAUGAUGAUCAGUUCAGUCCACUUCCAGGAGGCGACUCGUCCUCCCUCUGUAUAAGGUGCGUUACCACCCAACGUUGUGUAGGGGCCGUAGGCGCCCCACCCUCGACGUACACGUGCACUAUCAUCUCGAAACAGUGUGAAAAUAUACCUGGCCAUUGAUCAGGUCAUAACUUUGAAUACACAUCUAUCUAUAUAUAUGAAUGUAUGUACUAAAGUCGUAGUUGGUUUGCUUUUUCUAUCUUUCUUCGUUUCAUAUGAUUGGGGGUUGCAAUAUAUUUUUUAUAGAUUUAUCCAAUGUAAAAUUAAUACAUGUAUAUGAUAAAUACUAUGUAUCUGUUGAACAUAGUGAGUAGGAAGUAGGAACAAUGAUUAUAAUAUACUGUAACAGUUUUAUCCACGGACA